CCUUGGUGACCGUCGCUCGCUUUCUUCCCUGCGCCAACCACGACGAGCAUCGCCAGCGCUUUCGCCUGCUCGUGUACACACUCCCACGCCCACGCCCACGCCCACGCACUCCCACUCUCUCUCUCGCUCACUCUCGCUCACUCUCGCUCACUCCCAUUCUCACGUCCCGAAACCGAACCACCCUCCUCUCCUCCCCCAGAGAAUCGAUCUUUGUCCGAAAUCCCCUUGGUUCCUUUGUCGUGAAGCUAGGUCGUCUUCCGACAAUUCAUUUGCCCUGUCUAGCCUGUGCCAAUUGCUUCUCUGCCCUCACAGCCUGGACUCAUGCGUUUGGCUGCCACGUACUAGGAAGAACGGCCUCUACGGUUGACGGGGCUGCCCCAUCCGCACGCCAAACCCGACCCUCUCUGGACGUACUGAGCUCCGCCCGCUGUGAGCAGUCCGCCGUCUCUACAUCCUGCUGCUCAUCAUGGACACCAUUCUUCUCACUGGAGCUCCCGACAGGAGCAUUGGUGCGUCGGAUGAGAAGACAGCCGCCGUGCAGGUCAUGCACCUGGAAAUGAGCAACGACAUACUCGACGAUCUUCUCGAGUGCAUACGGAAGGGCAAGGCUCCUCACGUGCUCUUCGGCAAAACUCCAGUAUGGCUCCCUCCUCCGACGCCCGGCCCAGCUUUCGGAGUUCGACCGAGCAUACAUGGCACAGCAGCGGCUAACAUGACCGUGAAAUCAAUAGUUGAUCAAGUACGACGGAAAGUCCCACGAGCUACGCACGAAGCCAGAGAAGUUCCGAUACGAACUGUACAAAGCGAAUCAAGAAAAUGACGACAGGUCGUGGGAGUUCUGUGGUCUAAUCAACCACUCCCUCACCGUCCAGGACGGCGAGGAUGCGUCUGCCGGUACGGACCGUGCACUCGAGACGUUGAAGAACACAAUGGCGUCAAUAGAGCACGAGCGGGAAGUAAGAAAGGCUGCCAUAUCGACACCAGACCUCCCGCCCGCGAAGGGAAUGAGUAAGGCGCAAGCAAGAGCAACACACCUCAAGCCUCUGCUAGCUUCCAACGGCAGAUCCAACCCCUCGAGCCCAGCACUUGACGCCGCCACACCACCCUCGCACUCUCGACCGCCGCCAAUGUCUGCCGGCCUCGAAAUGCCCUUUGACUUCGCCGUUCGCAAGGCUCUCGUCCACUUUUUGGCCGUGCAACCUCGAACGUAUCUGAAAUGCCGCCGCACGGUCGGCACCAACCCUCGUAGGGUUCUGGAGAAGAUUGCCAAGUUGACGGGCAAGGCAGACGAGGAGUACACGCUGCUGGAUCGGGCGUACAAAGAGCUGGAUGUAUGGAAGUUCAAGUACGCCGAGGAGGACAGGCAGGCGGCAAUCGAGAAUGCCAUUCGAGCCUUCGAUCGCAUGAGGCUGCCCAAAGACGAUCCAAUUUGGCAGCAACUUCUACCCGAAGAAGAGAGGGGCAAGGGCAAGGUCCUCUCGCGCCUUGCGCUCAAGGAUCCAGCAAAGGGGACGCCAGCGUUGAAGGCGCAGAGCUUUGACAAAAAGACGGGCCUGCCGAAGCGAAAGGAUCCAAAGAAGACGGAGAAGGAAGGCGCCAAAGUAAAGAAGACGAAGGAUGAUGGUUUGGAGGAAAAGCCAAAGGCCGUCAAGUCCACGUCCGACGCUCGUAACCCGAAGCUCGAAGCGGGCAAAGAACGCCAACCUUCGAAGCGCGCUGCGGGCACGACCGACAACGGACCCGGCUCGGGGCCUCCUCGCAAGCAAGUCAAGCCCAGCACGGCCGCGAAGGGUCUUCUGAACAAGCCAAAGAACUUGUCGCCGCUCGGCGCUUCUCCGCCUGUGAAUGCGUCCGACUUCGAGAACGGUCAUCCCGUUCACAAGCGCCUCUCCGCCGCCACGUCACCUCGUGCCGGCACCAAACGCAAGGCGGACGAGGUCAACGGGGCCACUCUCAAGGCCAACGGGGCCAGCAAACGCCCUCACACAAACUCAACCUCAAGUUCCAGUGGCGAAGAGCGUCCGCUCAAGGCAUCCAAGGCCAAACCGAGCUCGGGUGCAAACGGCGUUCACCACGUGUCAAAUGGCCACGCCAGUUCAGACUCUGAGAGUUCGAGCAGCAGCCCGCCACUUGCACUGUCGUGGCGCCAGAGUCUGGAGAUGGCGCGUAAGUUCAAUAUAUACUACCAGCGAUACAAGAAGUUGUACAUGGAGAUAUCGCAGAGCGCUGAGCCGCCAAGCGAGAAGAGAAGAGAGGAGCUUCUGGAGAUGCACAGACGGCUCGAGAGGAUGAAGAGAGAGGUGAACAAUGGAGCCUUGUGAAAUUUGACGUUGGAUUUCGGAACAACAUUACGCCCCUCCCUACAUGAUCAUGUUAGCAGUAGCAGCAUAUCAAGCUGGUCACGGACUCUUUAUGACAAAAAUAAUUACACCAAAAAUUUGACGAUCAGAAAACCAUGGUACCUUGAUCUGUGUGACUUUGUCGUACAGAAGGUGCUGCGUCCCAGCAGCAGCAGCAGCAACGUUUUCGACAACGUGGCAGUUCGAACAUACCACAGCAGCCAUGUGUCGCAAAUUUGCUUUUCUUUUUCACAGGCCGGUCGUACACUCUCUCGAAGAGCGGGGAGAGGGGGGGGGGUUUGAGGCGGCCAACCAUGCGUCGUACUACCACUUGACUGAAUGCACCUAGGCUACGUUGUACCUCUGGCGCUAUGAUCCACACUACCGUCUCGAACGAAAGCACGACUCAAAACAGACCCAGGAAACCCACAUUGCCUUUCUGACGGUCGAAAACCGCCUCGACCGUCGGCAGGACAUUCGACUGAGGAACAUUUUGCUACAGACGUCUGCGUCUGCAAGUCCGAGGAUUGCGGAGGGGAAAAAAAAAAGGCCCACAGCGAAGUCAAAUGAAAGGUAAAAAAAAAAUAAAAAUAAAAAAAAGGGGGGAUUCGUGUUCAUGGGAGGCCCCAAUCUCAUCGUACCUUGCGGCUUCAAGUCCAAUUCAGAAUCUCGGGCCACUAUCUCUGUCUAGGGGACUGCAAGACACGAAUGGUCGCUCUCCGCGGUGGACGCAAAUGAGCAACGGCCAUUCCGGGUGCCAACAAGUAUAGAACACCCUUCAGGCACGGAUCUUGAAGAAGCUCCAACGAGCAGCCGCAAUUUCCUGCACACACAAACUCCUCCAGCACCCCGUCCCUUCCUCUCCC